AAAUAUUACCAAAGUAAUGAAAUUAUUUUUUUUCGUUUGCUAAUGAAAAUAGCAAUAAAAAUUUUCUUAAAAUACAAGGAAACGGUGUAUGUACAUCGAAAUGUUGUUAAAAUUUACUUCCAUGUACGGAAAACGUGUGGUUAGGUAAAAAUAUGGAAGGCGUGCCCCUUGGCGUAGGCCAUUUUAUUGUGCGUUCGGUUUACAGGGAUUAUUCUUCCAGGGGCAAAUGAAAAUGACCGAAACAAGCUUGGAAUCGUAAUUGUGUGUGAUUUUCGGAAAAGCCCAAACAAUCUUUCGUUACUCUUAAUUACAAGGAAGAUAAACAAUGGAGAAUAUACUGGAAUUUGUGAAAGUUGAGGACACGGUGAUGAUAACACAUACAACUUUGGAGAACUUAUUUGACUCACAUAAUGGUCAAGAAAGUAUUAUAAUGUCCACUGAACCAGAAUCCAGUGACAUGAAAGUUAUUGCUCAUGGUGGUGAAAUUAUUGAAAUUGUAACAGAUUAUGAGUGUGUAACAUGCCAUCGUGUUUUUCAGUCUCAGGAUAUGUUGAAGGAGCAUUUAGAUGUGUGUAGGGAAGAAGAUGAUUCCAUGAGUAUCUUACAACUAAAUAAUCUAGAAACGUAUGAUUCGGAUGAAGAUGAUAAAGAUGACAAUUCAUAUUGUCUUGUUGAUACCAAUACCGAAGAUUCUACUUCUGAUGGUCAAAAAAAUAAUAAUUAUAAGCCAAUAAUUAUGCCAGUACCUGACACCCAAUGCCAUUGUUGCGCAGAAGACUUAAAAACAGCUCAUAGUGGUGGUGAAUAUAAGUGUUCAAACUGUGACCUUUCAUUUAAGAAAAAAUCAUCUUUAGAAAGACAUGGUAUAGUAAUUCACUGGCAAUGCAAUUCUUGUUCUUGUAAAGAAUGUGGAGAAACGUUUAGUGAUAAAAAGUCAUUGAAUAAACAUCGUUAUACCACUCAUGCCGAUAGAAAAAUUUACAAAUGUGAACCCUGUGAUACUUAUUUUUCUCGAAGCUAUCAUUUAAAUCGUCAUAUAAUGCAGUCUGGUUGUCAUGGCAACAUUCUUAAUACAUACAGUUGUCAAGACUGUAACAAAGUUUUUACGCGUAAGGAUAAUUUACGCGAACAUUUACGUACGCAUACUGGAACUGUACAAAGACAAAAGAAGCCUUGUAAAUAUUGUUCUAAGGAAUUCUUUACCAGUCAUCAAUUGAUAAUUCACGAACGUGUACACACAGGAGAACGACCAGUUCAAUGUGAUUUAUGUCCAAAAACAUUUUUGUCAUCUCUUGCAUUAAAGAAGCAUAGACGCGUGCAUACAGGAGAGAAACCAUUUGAAUGCAAAUUUUGUCAAAAGAAGUUUGCUGCUAAAGAAACUUUAAAUCGUCAUCAAAGAACUCAUACUGGUGAAAAACCAUAUGUAUGCCAGUAUUGUGGCAAAUCAUUCAUUCAGGCAGCUCAGUUAAAAGCACACUUAUUUCAUCAUACUGGAGAAAAUGGCUUUUACUGUGAUGUAUGUGGUAAAGCAUUUAGUCGAAAAGCUCGUUUAAAUGUUCAUAAAAAAUUUGUCCAUGAAGGCGCAACUCCAUUUACAUGUAAAGUUUGCAAGAAGAGAUUUAUAAGAAAAGAAGAUCUCGGGAAACAUACAUUACUCCAUACGGGAAUUAAAUCAUUUAAAUGUGACAAAUGUGAUAAAUCGUUCUCUACGAAGUCUUCCUUGCAAGCUCAUUUGAAUACUCAUAGACGAGAACCACCACAAUCGUGUAUCGAAUGCAACAGAGUGUACAUUCGACAAGAUUGUUUAAUGAGGCACAUCAAAGCAAAGCAUCGUGAAUUAUUGGAAGACGUUAUGAACGAAGUGGAGAAAAAGCAUUUGCAAACGCAAAUGUAUAAUAUCGCAACAAUUGCUGCGGAGAAAACAAAGAAAGGAGAGUCUAGGAGACUUACUACCGAUGAAUUACUAAAAGCUAUUUCGGAUCUUUUAAAAAUAUUAAUCGAUGAUGAAACCCUUCAGCUGUUUGGGUGGCCUGAUGCCCCUAUUCAAGAUAUUUUAGAAGCCGUGAUUAGAAGAUGCGGUCAUCCGCCGUUAACAUCAGACAGCGGCUUACUUUUUACUGAACGAUUAAGGGAGAAUGUUAAACUUCUGUUUACCGUUGUUAUACAAGAUGAAACAGUUAAAUCUCUCUUAACAACAAAGACAGUAGACGAUGUCAUUCUACAUGUUUUAGAAUUAUCAAAGGAAUAUACGCCAAGCUCGUAGUUGUACGAGAAGAAACAAAAAUUGUUAAUAUUUUUAUUCACGAAUGAAGUGUUCAUUUUUUCUUUUUUCAUUGGUAUUUUAAAUUUUUAAUGAAUUAUUUUCUAAUGUGGGAUUGAUUUUGACGAUUGUGGAAACAUGAUACCAAUAGAAUUUGGAAAUACAUAGCAUAGUUUACUUGAUAUUGUUGUUACAGUGUACUAUAUAAUAUUACAGUUAUUAAAUUGCAUUAGAAUAUU